AUGCAAUUGGCACUGUGUCCCAAGCAACGCUCCCUCGUCAUUGACCAAACGCGUGCGAUCUUCCUGAAAGACGGCCAGCCGUUCCAGUUUGUGGCGGGUGAGAUGCACUACUUCAGAGUUCCGAGAGCGUACUGGAAGGACCGGCUGUACAGUCGAUGGAGCGGACACGAGCCGGAACCUCAGGUGUACAACUUCGAAAACAACCACGACCUUGUCGCCUUCCUGGCCGGUCUCUUGGCCGUGGCUCGCCCAGGCCCUUACAUCUUUGCAGAGCGAGACAACGGUGGAUUCCCGUACUGGCUGCUCCGAAACCAUCCGCAGGUGGAGUACAUGACCACUGACAGGAACUUCACGGCGGCCGUGGACCGGUGGUUCGGGAAGCUCCUUCCAAUGCUGGUACCACAUCUGUAUCGAAACGGGGGCCCCACCUCCGCUGUGCAAGUCGAUAACAAACACGACCACUACGGUAAGUGUGACCUGCCAUAUAUGGAACACUUGCUGACCGUCAUGGAGUCUCACAUGGGCAAGGACUUGGUGUACGUCCGCACGGACUUUGCGGAAGUUAAGUACUACGCCUGCGACAGGGUGCGUGGCAUUGUGGUUGCCGGUAACAUGUCGCCGCACUACAGCCUUUCCGAUGCCUUUGACGGCAUGAAGCAGGCCAAUCCCAAGCCGGCUCCUAGUGUAGUCGUCGAGUAUAACACCGGUUGCAUGGAUUACUGGGGCUUUUCGCACAACUACAAGACUAAGGACGCCAUUCUGAACACGUACAAGAUCAUGAUAGCUCAGAACACCUCGGUAGUUAUGUACAUGUUCGUCGGCGGCACCAACUUCGGCUUCAAGUCGGGGAAGGGCGACACUUGA